UUAUUGUUUUAUAUGAGUCACCAAAACGACCUCACUACUUCUCCUCUUAUUUCUUCCUCUCACUCUAUCUAUGGAUUCUUCAUCUUCAUCUCGCAGUAAUAAUUGGGUAUAUGAUGUUUUCUUGAGCUUCAGAGGGGAAGACGUCCGCGUUACUUUCCGUAGCCACUUUCUCAAGGAGCUCGAUCGCAAACUGAUCACUGCUUUCAGAGACAAUGAGAUCGAGAGAGGUCACUCUCUCUGGCCUGAUCUUUUACAAGCCAUCAAGAAUUCGAGGAUCGCUGUGGUUCUUUUCUCGAAAAACUACGCUUCUUCAAGCUGGUGUCUUAACGAGCUGCUGGAGAUUGUAAACUGCAAAGAUAAAAUAAUCAUACCAGUUUUCUACUGUUUGGAUCCUUCCCAAGUGAGGCAUCAAAUCGGUGACUUUGGAAAGAUCUUCGAAAAGACUUGCAGGAGAUAUUCAGAGGAAGUGAAAAGUCAAUGGAAGAAAGCACUGACUGAUGUAUCUAAUAUGCUUGGAUUUGAUUCUGCGAGAUGGGAUGACGAAGCAAAAAUGAUUGAAGAAAUAGCCAAAGAUGUUUUGCGUAAACUGCUUUUAACUUCAUCCAAGGAUUUUGAGGACUUUGUCGGCAUCGAGGAUCAUAUUGCAAAUAUGAGUGAAUUGUUGCAUUUAGAAUCCGAGGAAGUGAAGAUGGUUGGUAUAUGGGGUUCCUCGGGGAUUGGUAAGACUACCAUCGCAAGAGCUCUGUUUAACCAACUUUCUCGGAAUUUUCAUGUUAUCAAAUUCAUAGACAGAUCUUUUGUAUAUAAGAGUAGAGAAAUAUAUACUAGAGCCAAUCCGGACGAUCACAACAUGAAGUUACAUUUACAAGAGAGUUUCCUCUCGGAAGUUCUUAGGAUGCAUGACAUAAAGAUAGAUCAUCUAGGUGUACUAGGAGAGAGGCUACAACACCAGAAAGUUCUUAUCAUCAUUGAUGAUCUGGAUGACCAAGUGAUCUUAGAUUCUUUGGUGGGUCAAACUCAAUGGUUUGGAAGUGGGAGUAGAAUCAUUGUGGUGACAAAUAAUAAGCAUUUCUUAAGGGCUCAUGGGAUUGAUCAUAUUUAUGAAGUUAGUCUCCCAACCAAAGUGCAAGCUUUUCAGAUGUUAUGUCAAUCUGCUUUCAGGAAAAAGUCUCCACCCGAAGGUUUUAGAGAGCUUGUAGUUGAUGUUGUAAGGCAUGUAGGCAGUCUUCCUUUGGGUCUUAAAGUUUUGGGUUCGUAUUUACGGGGGAGGGAUCAGGAGUACUGGAUGGAUAUGCUGCCAAGGCUUGAGAAUGGUCUAGACGAUAAGAUUGAGAAAGUACUAAGAAUCAGCUAUGAUGGGUUAGGUAGCGCAGAAGAUCAAGCGGUAUUUCGACAUAUCGCAUGUCUUUUCAAUCAUAUGAGUGUCACAACCAUCAAGUCGUUGCUCGCAGAUAGUAACUUGGGUGUGAAUAUUGCACUGCAAAACCUGUCUGAUAAGUCCAUCAUUCAUGUCAGAUGGGGUCAUGUGGAGAUGCACCGUUUGCUACAAGAAAUGGGCAGAAAAAUUGUUCGCACACAGUCCAUUGACGAGCCUGGAAGACGAGAGUUUCUGGUGGAUUCGAAAGAUAUAUAUGAUGUACUUAGUGAAGGCACUGGUACUCAAAAGGUUUUAGGUCUAUCACUGGAUACAAGUGAGAUUGAUGAGUUGCAUGUACAUGAGAGCGCCUUCGAAGGGAUGCGUAAUCUUAGUUUCUUAAAAAUUGAACAGAAGAACUUUCAAAAAGAAGGCAGAUUGCACUUGCCUGAAAAUUUUGACCAUUUGCCCCAUAAACUCAAGCUAUUGCGUUGGCAGAAAUUUCCAAUGAGAUGUAUGCCUUCUAAUUUCCGUCCUGAACACCUUGUCAAGAUCAAAAUGCGGGAUAGCAAGUUACAUCAGUUAUGGAAAGGAGAUGUGUCAAUAACAUGUCUAAAGAAAAUGGAUCUGUCGGGAUCUUCAAACCUGAAAGAAAUUCCAGAUCUUUCGAUGGCUACUAAUCUCGAGAAACUUUAUCUUGAGGGUUGCUGGAGUUUGAAGGAGCUUCCUUCCUCUAUACGAAAUCUCAAUAAACUGUUGAAAUUGGACAUGGGAGACUGCGAAAGUCUGGAAAUUCUUCCGACCGGCUUCAACCUAAAAGCUUUGGACCACGUCUAUUUCAAUGAAUGCCCGAAGUUGAAGAAAUUUCCCAAAUUUUCAACCAAUGUCUCAUAUCUCAAUCUGUACGGAACAACCAACAUUGAGGAAUUCCCUCCUAGUUUAGAUCUCAAGAAUCUUGUUAAGUUUCACAUUUCAAAACAUGUGAGUGAUGGGAAACAAUGGGAAGGAGUAAAGCCUUUUACACCCUUCCUGAGGAUGUUAUCUCCCACUUUGACGACCUUGGAGUUCGAUAAUAUGCCAUGUUUAGUGGAGCUUCCUUCCUCAUUUCAGAAACUCAAUCAACUCACGAAGUUGACUAUCAUAAACUGCAGAAAUCUGGAGACUUUUCCCGGAGUUGGAAUCAACCUUGAAUCUCUCAGUUUCCUUGAAAUCAAACGAUGCCCACGGUUGACGAGCUUUCCUGAGAUCUCAACCAACAUCAAAUUUCUCAAUCUAGACGAAACAGGGAUUGAAGAGGUUCCUUGGCAGAUCGAGAACUUCUUUAACCUGGCUAAGCUGUAUAUGCGAGGUUGCAGCAGGCUAAAAUGUGUAUCCCUACACAUUUCUAAACUGAAACAUCUUACGGUAGCUGACUUUAAAGAUUGUGGGGCAUUGACUAGAGUUCAUUUGAGUGGCUGUCCAAGUGGGUAUAGGGUGGAGAUGGAAGCAGACAAUAUUGACACAGUCUCCCAGGAGGCCUCUUCUUCUCUUCCUAAACUCGAUCUAAAUUUCUUGGGCUGCUUCAACUUGGAUCCAGAAACUGUCCUUCACCACCAACAAUCGGUUAUUUUCAACUCCAUCAAAUUUUCAGGGGAAGAAGUGCCAUCAUAUUUCACUUACCGUAAUACUGGAACCUCCACUAUUCUCCGCAAUAUCCCUCUACCUCCCACACAACUCUCUCAACCGUUCUUCAGAUUUUGGGUUUGUCUGGUGGUAACUGGUUUAUAUGGAGUAUCCAUCCGGGUAGAUAGUUGCUUCAAAUGCAUAUCUGGCAACAGAUUUAAUUCAUCUGCUCACCGACAUCGAAUGAUGGAAGCACGGAAGGGUAUUGAUCUCUUGAUAUUUGACUAUCGUAUCCCUCUACACAAAUACAGUGCUCAUCUCGCUCGAGAGAACUACCAUCACGUGGAUAUGAAGAUUCAUAUAAGUGGACAUUUGACAUCUACGUUGGAAUUAAAAGAAUGGGGUAUACGACUCUUAGAGGACUGUUCAUCAGCGGAGAACCGUCUUGGUAAUCCACAUGUUUCUGAAGCCGAAGAAGCCAAUACACCUCUUCAAGAACUUGUUAAUGAGAUUGAACACAGUGAAGAGGCUGGAGAUAACAUUAAUGUAGAGACAGAGAGAAGCACGAAGCGAAUGCGGCCGAAUUGAAGACAAUAUGGGGUAUACGCUUUUUGAAGAAGAAGCAGGAAGUCAAUGCGUGUAAGCAUUUAGAAUGAACUGACCACAAUGCGUUAAUGUUGCAAUGAGUUGUUUUGCCGGAUAUUAUGGAACAACAAGAUCAAAAGAGGACAUGCAGCGAGACACUCAUCAGUAUUGUUAGAGUAUAUAUAUAUAUAUAUAUUUUUGAAUUAAUGUUAAAUUAUAUUCAAACAAAAAAUAACGUUUAAAAAAAAAAAAAGUUCCCCUAACAUUCUAAUUGCUACUCAGUUUUAAUGCAAACCAAGUUUGGAUUCCACAUUCAUACUUCGAGCCUCCAUCCUCCGAGAUAGUGCUUAACCGGUUCCAGAUUUUCUUGUCUAUGAGUUUGACUAGCUUCUCCGUAGGCGUUGGUUGUUCACC